AUUGAUAUUAUUUCACUUGCCGCAUUCACAACGGGUGCGUGUGGUGAUGUAGUUCUGUAGCAUUUCAAAUUAUUCUCAUUGUCUAAUUUGGUAUACGCAUGUUUCUCGCUUUCUACAAGGUUAUACUAAUGGAACGAAACUGGCAUAUCCAGAGAUCACAACACGAUGCGGCGGAACUUCGUCAAUCGUUGCCAACUUCUGACGCGGAUUCAUUUUUAGAGCUAACUCAGCGGUAAAGGUAGGAUGGCAAAUUGUAAUGUAAAUCUUACAAUGAAUCCAGAAGUCCUUCCAUCAACCAGAAAAGAAGAGGCAUUCAACGAAUUUUAUACCGAAGUCAAGGAGAUAGAAAAACGUGAUUCAGUUUUGACACCUAAACAGCAAAUUGACAGGUUGCUUCGCCCAGGAUCAACAUAUUUCAACCUGAAUCCAUAUGAAGUUUUGCAGGUUGACCCUGACGUCCCUCUAGAUGAAGUUAAAAAGAAGUACAAACGGCUUUCCAUUUUGGUACAUCCCGAUAAGAAUCAAGAUGACCCUGACCGAGCACAGCAAGCAUUUGAAAUUAUCAACAAAGCUUGGAAGACCCUUGAAAACGAAGAAACAAGAACGAAGUGUUUGGAUGUGAUAGAGGAAGCAAAAGCUCGGACUGAUCACAUGAUAAGUGAAAAGCGGAAGAAGUUGAAGCGUGAGGGUAAGGAGCAGCGAGUGGAUGAAGAUGACCCUGGAAACUAUAAACACGCUGUGUACGUGAUGACAAUGAAAUUGUUUGCUGACAUGGAGCGGAAGAGAAGAGACCUUGAGCAGAGAGAUAUGGAGGAAAGAAAACGCAAAAGAGAACAGGAAAUAGAAGAAGAGGAAAAGGCUACAAUAGAAAAAGAAUGGCAGAAAAAUUUUGAGGAAUCCAGACAAAAUAGAGUAAACAGCUGGAAGGCUUUUCAAGCUGGAAGUUCCGGAACUACAAAAAAUAAGAACAAGAAGAUUCGUGGGAGCUUCAAGCCACCAAAACAUAAGGCAGAGUCAAGGUAACUGCCAAGCGUUCUUGCCGAUAGGUAAACGGUGUGCACAUCGUGGUUUUGUCCCAUUUGAUUCUGCAGACUACCAGUAUGGUUAUGCACUUCUGCAUGGUGGUCAUAUAUUUUGGAAAAUUGAACAUAAUUCAGACUCAAAUUGUGGACAUAUUUUCACUUCAAUGCUGGUGGUUACAAAGUUGUGAUGUUUGACUCUGUUGAAAAGAUAACUGUAGAAAACAAGAAAGAAAUUGUUGUGAAGGAAGUGUUUUGAUAUUUUUCUGUAGUUAAAUGGACAUUAAUUAGGUGCACAGAUCUGCAGUCUCACUAAUAGCACUGUCAGGUAUGAGUGAAUUUGAGCCACAGGAUGUUUCAUGUGUUAACUGAAGAACAAAAAGAAAAGGUUGCAUUGUGUUGUAUAUAGUUGCAGUGACUAUAACAAAACUGAAAAAGUGAUUUAAAAUUAAUGUGUGUCAAGGUCUAACUUAAAACCUCGUUCUUUUCUCUGAAACUGAAGAAAAAUAAACUAAUUUUAUAAAUAAGUGCGUUAUACACCUUCCAUGACUCCUAUGAAGUAUUUCAUGCUGUGAACAUCUGUUGUUUUCCGC